AAUGUAGUUGAUAUGAACCAUUUCAACGACAGCCACGAUUCUCAUCAAACCAGAACAUGGCUUCUUUUAGCCCCUUCAGGUGGCCAAGAAUUCCUGUUUUCUCAGUGUUGCUUGUUGCCCUUUUGGCCGGAGUCGACUGCAUCGACAUCUUUCAUGAAUGGAUCGUAACUGCUGACACAUCCGCCGUCUAUCCCAACACGUACAAUCAACCCGUCAUUAGCAUCAACGGGAUGUUCCCAGGGCCGCUCAUCAACACCACGACCAACGAUGUCGUUCAUGUUAACGUCUUCAAUAACAUGGACGAACCAUUACUCUUUACAUGGAAUGGGAUACAACAGAGGCUGAACUCAUGGCAAGAUGGAGUUUCCGGCACAAACUGUCCGAUCGAACCAGGAAAGAACUGGACUUAUGUGUUUCAGACCAAGGACCAGAUUGGCUCCUUCACUUAUUUCCCCUCACUUAACUUUCAUAAGGCUGCUGGAGGGUUCGGACCAAUUCGUGUCAACAAUCGGAACGUUAUCCUCGUGCCUUUCCCAAAACCGGAGGCAGAGUUUGACCUUCUUAUUGGUGACUGGAUCUCGGAUGACUACAGGCAUAUUAGGCUAGUGUUGCAAGAGGAACGGGUAUCCCAUGUUUACCCUGGUGUCAUAUUGAUGAAUGGAAAAGGGCCUUACGGUAGCCAAUAUUCUACAUCGUACGAAUCCUUCACUGUCACAAAAGGUAAGACUUACCGGUUCAGAAUAUCAAACGUGGGAACCGUGUUCAGCUUCAAUUUCAGGAUUCAGAAACACCAGAUGGUGCUUGUUGAAACGGAAGGCUCGUACACGAACCAGAUCGUGCUGGAUUCUCUCGACGUCCACGUUGGCCAGUCUUACUCCGUCCUCGUUACUGCCAAUCAAGAUGAAGCUGAUUACUACAUGGUGGCCACUCCAAAAUUGUUCAAUAUUGAUAACCAUGACUCCCUUGUGGCCAAAGGGAUACUACGCUACGAAAAUUCAGUUUUACCUGUCCAGGGCUCUGUCCCAGAUGGACCUGAUCCUUUUGAUGUAGGCUUUUCGAUCGAUCAAGCUAAAUCUAUCAGGUGGAAUAUGUCUACUGGUGCUGCAAGGCCUAAUCCACAGGGCACAUUCAAUGUUACCAACGUAACGUUAUCUCAAACGUUUAUCCUCCACGGGUCAAGAGAUGUGAUCAAUGGUGUGCCAAGCUAUGUAGUGAACAAUGUGUCGUAUCUAACUCCAAGCACUCCACUGAAACUUGCUGAUUACUUCAGAAACGGUUCAGGUGUUUACCAACUAGAUGCAUUCCCUGUCCAGUCCUCUAAUGACAUUGCAUCAUACGGAGUUUCUGUCGUGACGGGAGUGCAUAAGGGAUGGUUAGAGAUAGUGUUCAAGAAUGAUCUUAGUGAUGAGAUGGAUUCUUGGCAUUUGGAUGGCUUUGGAUUUUAUGUCGUCGGAUUUGGUGAAGGAGAAUGGACACCUGAAUCGCGCAGCACAUAUAACCUAUACGAUCCAGUCGUUCGUUCGACGGUACAAGUUUACCCCGGAAGAUGGACUGCAGUAUAUGUGUUUCUUGACAAUCCUGGAAUGUGGAACUUGAGAUCACAGAAUUUGAUGCAUUGGUUCAUGGGGCAAGAACUCUACGUACGGGUGCAUGACCCUGAUCCUAAUCCUGCCAAGGAGCGACCCCCUCCUCAGAACGUCCUCAUGUGUGGGAUUUUCGAUGAUGCUCCUGCUCCAGUAGCCAGUGCCCCAGCUCCUCAGGCAGGAUGGUGAUAGAAUUCCUUCCAGCUGAUAUUCUUUUCGAUUCAAAUAUUUCGUUCGUAAGAUUUUAUUAAUUCCUCCGCAACAUGGUUUUAUCUGUACUGUGAAAAUAAAAUUAAAUGAUUCUUUCUUAUGGUGAAUAGAUGCAAAACACCUCAACCUGUAUUAGUUCCCAGAAUAUAUGUUGUGAAUGUCUGCACAAAAUAUGAAAAAAACAUAAGGAAUUAUAGAACACAAGGUUUACGUGAUCAGAAAAAUUCUCUUAUAUUCGU